CACAUGACAGCUGUGGUUAACAAGACAGGAAGUCAGUAUUUUCAUGCGAGUCAAAAUUAUGAAAUGAUAAAAAUUCGAAAAGAACUCUCCGCAAUAGGAGAACACAGACAAAGUAAAGAGCGCAUUUAAUGGUGAGAGAAGUCUGCCCAGUGAUUUGCAGCAAUGGUGAACAAUAAGACAUUGAUUGUGGUUGUCCUUCUGAGCAUCUCUGUGGCAGGAAGUCAGACGAAAGGAAAUCAAGACACUGCUUCAAGUCCACAUAAAGAUACUGCACUUAACCAACUGACAGUUUUCAAAGAGCGGACCUUUAUCCUGGGCAGUGAUGUGACUUUAUGGUGUGGUAACACCACUGAUAUCAAAUGGAGUGAAAUGAUUUAUAUCGUCUGGAACAUCAGCCUGCAAGACAGGAAAUGUUGGCUUGGUUUAUCACCCAUGCUGGACGACACGUGUGAGGAUGGAAAGAGGCUGUACAACGACACCUCAAAUGCAGUUUCUUUAUUAAUUCCCAAUAUUACAAUACAAGAUGAAGGCUUUUACUAUUGUGAUGUAUCAUAUAAAGGAGGAAGCUAUGCUGUAAAUGUGUCUGUAAGCGUUACCCAACUUUCCACCCAUCUGGACAGUGAAAACAAUCAAAGGAUUGCCGUCUGUCGGGCCAUAUAUAAAAAGACAGCACCCAGUCUUCAUUGGGAACCUGCUUUGAACCUUUCGUCUAAUAUCAGCUCUGUUGAGAAGCUCGGCAGGUUUUUUAUGGAGAAUCGAGUAUAUCUUCCAGAUCACGUCAGCACCGGUGAGAUCACCUGUGUGUCCACAUACCCCUCAGAGUCCGGCUCGGUGCGGUACAAGAGCACGCUGGAUCUCAAACUGAGUGAGUGCACUCUAUAUGAAAAGUUCAGGGUGUUGAAUACAGCAUGGCAUUGCAGUUUUAUCUUUUUAAAUCUGGUUUUUGCUUUGCAUUCAUGGGGUGUGGAGUGCAGACUGGGGUGGGGGUUGAAAAAUAUGUAAUUUAAAGCAUUUUAGUAUAAGGCUUUCUUAAUAUAAGGGUUAUUAACUGAAAGCUUUAGGUCAGGUGAUGCUGGAAAAGGCAGCAGUGCAAAGAAACCACUGCAUGGAGGGAGUGCAUGACCAGAGAAGGAAUGUUCUCCAUAAGCCAAUGUUGAAAACGAUUAAUGAAAACUAAUUGAUUGUUAAAGGGAUAAUUCACCCAAAAACUCAAUCAAUUACCCUUGUGUUGUUUAAAACCUGUAAGUCCUUUGUUCAUUUUCUUGACACAAAUUAAGGUAUUUUUGAUGAAAUCCGAGAGCUCUCUGACUCUCCCAUAGACAACAAACACAACUAUCAGUUCAACACCCAGAACAUCGACAGACUAAUCCAUGUGACUUCAAUGCUAUGAGAAUACAUUUUGUUGCACAAAAAAACAACAACUGAAUACUGAAAACUAAAUAUAAAUAUGAAAAAAGGAAGCACUGAAUAAAGUUAUUUUAGUUUCUUAGCAAACAAAAAAUAUUGUUAUAUCUUUAUAAAAUGAUUGUUCUACUACUGAUGGACUAUUUUGUCAGUGUUCUUGGUAUCUUUCUGGACCUUGAACGUGGUAGUUGAGUUGAGUUGAGUCUAUGGCAGGGUAAGAAAGCUCUCCAAUUUGAUCAAAAAUAUCUUCAUUUGUGACCUGGAGAAGAAUGAAGGUCUAAGAGCUUGGAACGACAUGAAGGUGAGUAAUCAAUGACAGAAUAUUCAUUUUGGGGUGGAGUAACCCUUUACGUCCCAUGAGCUCCCCAUCUGAAUCCUUUUCUCCUUCUCUUUCCCCAUAGAAACAACAUUUUGUCUCAGAAUGAAGGAAGAAACGCCCACAGAGAAAUAUGGAGGAUGAACAAAUACAGGCAUGACAAGAAAGUGUGUUUACCUGAGAACCGCUGUCAUUUUCACAUAAAGCAUCUGAUGAAUUACAGCAAACGCAGCAAAUAGGGCCUAAAAAAAGUUUCCUUUAUGCUAUUUAGUUUGAAAUAAAGAUACAAUUUUUUUUAUA